AUGAGGGGCCUCCGACGGAGCCGUGGCUCGGGGGUCGAUAGCGGCGAGCCUCGUUCGACGAAGAAUAUUGACACCGGCUUGGUGGGAGCUCCCAACCCCAUUCACGGCCGUGCCCUCGACAAGCCGGACCACCACCGGUUACUUCCCAUAAGAGGAAGCGGAGCGUCCCAAAACUCGACGAGUCUUACAA